AUGGGAAGCGCUGGGAGGCUUGCUUUGUUUUCUUUGUUUUGCAUUCAAAUCCUUGCAGUGAGUGUGGUUGCAAGGAAUGUAGUGAGUGUGGAGCAUGAUGAGGAGGAAAAGAACAUAGCUGUUGGGAUGGGAGGGGGAUUUGGCGGAGGGGGUGGGUUUGGCGGUGGAGGUGGAGCAGGUGGAGGUGGUGGUUUUGGAGGCGGCGCUGGGGGAGGUGCUGGUGAUGGUGCUGGCGGUGUGAGUGUGCGGCAUGACGAGGAGGGAAAGAACUUAGCUUUUAGGAAGGGAGGGGGAUUUGGCGGUGAAGGUGGUGGUUUUGGAGGCGUCGUUGGUAGUGGUGUUGGGAGUGGUCUUGGUGGUGGCAUUGGUAAAAGUGGCGAGGUACGCAAUGGGGGCUUUGGAAAAGGACGACGCAUUCUCAAGGGAGGUGGGGGCGGGGGUGGUGGUGGUGGUGGUGGUCGUGGUGGAGGAAGAUCUGGUGGUGGCAAGCAUGGUGGAUUCCAUGGUGGUGUACAUGGUGGAGCUGGGGGUAGAGUUCAUAGCGGUGCUGGUGGUGGAUUUGGAAAAGGUGCAAUACAACAGACAGUUCAAAAGCUCGCUGUUGUGUCCAAACCAACCGGCUGCUGGUGUUUCAAGCCAUCGGGUGCUCCUGUUUGCCAAGCACAUGGUGGCACCUGCAGUGUCACUUCCACAUUUUGUGUAUUGGAAGCAAAAGCUUUGCCUGACUUGGUAAGGCUCUUAUCCGGGGAGGUUUACGAAACUGCCAUCGAAGCAAUUCAAACUCUCUCCACAUUGGUUCUUGAAGCCUCUCCUCAAAGAGGAGCCAAUGUCUUGCAUGAGGCUGAUGCCAUAAAGCCUACAUUGGAGAUCUUGACUUGGGGAACAAAUUCUCUCAAGGAAGAGGUAUUGAGUCUACUUGAAAAGGUUUUCUUGUCAAAGGAGAUGGUUGAAUUUUAUGGAUCAACUGCCAGAUUAAGUCUUGCUGGUCUAACUGGCAGUAAUUUUCAUGAGGAUGGUCGAUGCUCGUCGUCGUUGCUCGUCGUCGUCGUUGCUCGUCGUCUUCGUUUCUGGUCGUCCCCGUUGCUGCUCAUCGGCUUCGUUUUUGGAGAAUAG